AUGCGCGCCCUGUGGCUGACGGACAUCCACUUGGACCACCUGCGCGAUGCCGCGGCUUUCGCGGCGUUUGCCGCGCGAGUGUCGAUGGGCCACGCGCCAUUCGACGGGGCCAUCGUCACUGGCGAUAUCUCCACGGCGCAACACCUGAAAGGGCACCUGGAGGCGCUGGCCGCCGCCUGGGGGAGGCCGGUGUGGUUCGUGCUGGGCAACCACGACUACUAUGGGGGAGGGAUCAAACAG